AAUAAGGUCUUUGAAUAAACGUAAAUGUCUUCCAGGAAGCUCUCAGCUCAUUUUUCAGCAACAAUGGCAUUUCACCCUCGGUUCGUGCCUUCACUCUUGAGUGCACUCUUUGUCAUUCAAGUCAUGAAAUCCAGUCAUUCCCAAGCCUUUACAAAUGUAAGUUGCAUCGGCGCUGAGAGGGAAGCUCUUAUGAAGUUCAAGCAGGAUCUCACUGAUCCUUCAGGACGUCUGCAGUCAUGGAUCGGCAAGGGUUGUUGUAAGUGGAAAGGAGUCGAAUGUAGCGAGAAAACAGGCCACGUCUUGAAGCUUGAUCUUCGUAAUCCCUGUGAUGGUUUAGAAUGUAGCUUACGAGGUAAGAUUCAUCAUUCUCUCAAAGAACUGAAGAAUCUGAGGUAUCUAGACCUUAGUUUCAAUAAUUUUUCAACCCAAAAAAUCCCAAACUUCUUAGUUUCUCUUCAGAAACUGGAGUAUCUCAACCUCUCAUCUGUAGGCUUCUAUGGACAUAUUUCCAAUCAACUUGUUAACCUUUCCAGCUUACAGUACUUGGAUCUUAGUAAUUUGUGGUGGUGGCCUUCUAUUAAAAUAGAAAACCUCCAGUGGCUUUCAUCAUUUUCUAACUUGAAGUAUUUGGAUUUGUCUUAUGUCCCUCUUCCCAACUCCAAAGAAUGGUUGAGUCCUAUCAACACGCUUUCCUCUCUUGAGUUUUUAAUAUUAAGGGGAUGUAAUUUGAAAGAUGUUUCAUCCUCUUUGCAUGUCAAUUUCACUUCUCUAAAAUUCCUAGAUCUAAGUCACAACUCCAUAUAUUCGUCUAUUCCUCCUUGGUUUCGAAACAUGAGCAAACUCGAACAUCUUGAUUUGAGUUUUAAUAACCUUCGAGGCAUAUUCCCCACUUUUAUCCUUGAAAAUAGUGGGCCGCUUAAAUUCCUUGAUGUCUCUAGAAAUAGGCUGGAGGGUGAACUCUUGAAAAAUGUGAGCAAUUUCGGCAACCUGGAAGUACUAAAUUUGCGUUCUAACAAAUUUAGUGGGAGGAUUUCGGGCACCAAAGAUGGGGAUUUGAUUUGUGGACAAAGUUACAUGAAGAUUAUUGAUGUUUCUGGCAAUAAUUUCAGUGGUCACAUACCUAAUCAAUUUGGGAAUUUCAAAGAUCUCGAAUUCCUCGAUCUCUCAUGGAACUCGAUUUCAGGUCCUAUUCCUGCUACUAUAGGCCAACUAUCAUCUUUGAGAAAAUUGUACCUCUCUUCUAAUAAAUUGACGGGGACCAUGCCAGAAAGUAUUGGACAAUUAUCCAAUCUAGAGGUGAUGGACAUUCGUAAUAAUCAAUUGGAUGGAGUUGUCAGUGAACUUCACUUUGCCAAUCUCACUAGCUUGAUCAUGUUGUACUUUCAUUUAAAUGAGCUUUCUAUAAAUAUUAGUGCAUCUUGGGUUCCUCUUUUCCAAAUUCAAGUGCUUUUCAUGUCUAAUUGCAAAGUAGGACCUAGAUUCCCCAGUUGGCUUCGAACUCAAAGGAACAUUUCGGUAUUGUACAUCUCAAAUGCUAGUAUCUCAGAUGAAGUUCCCUAUUGGCUAUCUAAAGUUUUAUCCAAUACUAAACGAUUGGAUCUUUCGGGCAACAUGCUCAGAGGCAGCAUAUCUCGAAUUAUUGGAAAAAAGAUGCCAUUAUUAAGACUAGUGUCACUUUCUAGAAAUAACCUCAGUGGUGAUGUUCCAAAUUCGUUAUGCAUGUCGGAUGAAUUGUCUUUUCUUGAUCUCUCCAAGAAUCAAUUAUCAGGGAGACUUCCGCAAUGUUGGAGGAAGUCACAAGCAAAUUUGGAGUGGAUUUCAUUGGGAGAUAACAAGUUAAAUGGUCAGAUCCCAGACUCUCUAUGCCAUUUGAAGCGAUUAGGAGUUCUAGGCCUACGUAGAAAUGGUUUGAACGGAGUGUUUCCAAAAUGUUUACUAAAGUUAGAUUUGGUAAACCUCGAUCUCAGUGACAAUCAAUUCACUGGUAGAUUACCUCCAUUUGGACAACAUGCUCGAUCAUUUAAAACAAUCGAUCUUGAGAGAAAUCACUUUAUAGGGAACAUUCCUUUGCAACUAUGCCAUCUUGUUAAUCUCCAAUAUUUAAACCUAGCACAUAACAACCUUUCCGGAGGGAUUCCUCAUUGUUUCAACAACUUCUUGCAGAUGCGGGCCAACUCCAAUUUUACUCCGUAUGGGAGGUUCCCGUUGGGCUUUUCUAUUAUGGUUAAUAUAAAAGGAACGACCCUAGAAUUCACCACCACCCUCCGUUAUUUAUUUUCCAUUGACCUUUCAAGCAAUGCAUUGGAUGGCCGAAUACCGAAAGGGCUGACUAGGCUGGCUCGACUUCAAAAUCUGAACCUCUCUCAAAAUAAGCUAAUUGGAGAAAUCCCUUCAGAUAUUGGCAACUUGAGAGAUUUAGAAUCCUUGGAUCUAUCCAAUAACAAGCUUUCGGGUAAAAUCCCUCAUAGCAUAUCUAAUUUAGACUCACUAAGUCGUUUGGAUCUUUCCUUCAACAAUUUAUUUGGUCCUAUUCCAUCGAGCAAUCAUCUAAGCACUCUGAACGAUCAAUCUAUUUAUCGAGGCAAUGAUGGACUUUGCGGAGCUCCUCUUUUGAAAGUUUGUCCUGGGUAUGAGCUUAAUGAUAUGGACAGACGAAAUAGUCACAAUAUGAUUGAAGAUGAGUCUAAAGAAGGCGACUCUAUUUUUAUUGGGAUUUACUCAAGAUUGGGUGUGAGUUUUCCGGUGGUAUUCUUGGGAUUUUUGGGCAUAUUACAUAUCUUCUCCUAUUUUCGGCGGUGGAGAGGAUUGUCGAAACUCAAGAGAGCUUUUCAAUUCGCACUGCACAUAUAAGAAGCUAUUUAUACAAAGCAGGCACUAUGAAAGGGGUCUUUCUUCAGGAAAAAAGGCAGGCUUCACGAUUGAUAUACCCGACCACACGGGAGAGGGAGAGAGAGAGAGAGGAAGUGAUCUCGGCAUAGCCUUGGCCAAGACCUCGCCACACGCCGCUCAAGUCUCGACUUAGGUCAUCCUCCUGACGAUGCUACCACUUUGGUCUCGCUGUGACAGCCCGAACUGCUGUCCCUUGUGGCACACCGCGGGCUGUCCCAGCCCUGCAACGACGAGUGGCUCCUCAAGCCAUGCUGUCGUUGCACUGGCUACUACCCCUCGAGGGACAUUGUGGGAUUGUGGGCUGACAUCGAGGGCUGCCCCGAGACGUCCCUACUGUCCUACUGUGCUGAUCCGUGACUUGGCCUGACGACCUGCAUCGCCCGUGAGCCGUCUCACCAUCGCUGCUCUGCUGUUUGUGCCCGACCCAAGUCUAAGCGAUGAGCCAGUGGUGAUUUGGACUGGGUAAGUCAAGUGCUGAGCAUAACGCUAUAGUGGAAGCGAAAAGUCGGAGUGCAGAAGAGGAAUAGGUGGUUUUUGUUUUAUUGCGUGGUCAAAAGAAGGAAGCAACUUUUUGUGUGUUGCAAGUGGAUUCAUUUCACAUUUUUAAAGGAUAGGAACUUUUGGGUCGCUAGGAAGCCAACUUUUUGCUCCUGGGCUUGGAAGAAACUCUUAAGUCUCAGAAGCGAGAUUCGGAAUGCCUUCUUUUGGAGGAUUGGGGAUGGCCGUUCGGUCUCUCUCUGGUUCCACAAGUGGCACACUAGGGGAGCUCUAAAUUUAAUCUUCUCAGACUCUCUUAUUUACAGUUCAAGGUUAUCUAGGCAGUGGAUCUUUUUUUUUGAUGAUGUGCACGCUCUCUCUCAAGACGGUCCUUGAGUCAUGGGAGCACCCCUACCGAUCCUUUCUCAAGAAGCGGACUGUUUUUGCUCGAGGGAAAACCCGUCAGGUCAGUUUACGGUGGCGGCUACUUGGGAAGCCAUUAGGCGGAAGCAGACCAUUGUCUAUUGGCGUGUCUUCAUUUGGAAUAAUGCAAUCACGCCAAAGUAUCAGCUCAACCUUUGGCUUAUUGCCAAGCGUAGACUGCCCACCUAGGCUCUGUUAUUGUAUUGUGGUAGAAUUGAGAGGGGAUGAGAGGGGAUCUUGCGCCUUCUGCAAUGGUAUGCUUGAUUCCAUAGAUCAUCUAUUUUUUGAUUGCUUCGUCACGGCUGGAAUUGCCUUCUUUUGGGCGGUUAGAUGCAAUUUGCCUUGGCGAAAUAGGUCUUGGGCCGAGAAUCUCCGUUGGGCCACCUCUUUCUUGAUGGGUAAGGACUUUUUCAAUUGCAUUCUCGCUUUUCCUUACAACCCCUUACAAACUAUGAAGAACCACAAGGUGGUAAAAGAUAGGGCUAGUACAUCCAGAAACGUUGAGGAUAACUUCAGGAACAAAAGGUUGCAGAGGAGUUGGGGCAUCGAUCCCAUUAUCUUCUUGGGGGACCCCUAAACACCCAAGUUCUUAUCCAUCGCUUCUAGGAGCUGCUAGAGUCGACGUCUUUCUCCUCCUUCGCUGAGGUGUUUUGUUUUUUGCCAGUUGUUCAUGCUGUGCUUUUGUUUUAGUUACACUGUGCCCUAGUUUGGGCGUUGUGUUUGUGUUUUACAUCAUGGCAUCCUUCUACUCAUUAUGUUCUUCUCAUCUUGAGUGCAAGUUUUUGGUGCCCUGAUCUUUUGUACAUUUGGCCUUUCCUUAUUAUAUUUAUUAUCUAUUAUAAAAAAAAGAAGAAGAAGAAGAAGGAAGCAACCUUCUGGGUGAAGGGAAGAAAAAGCAAAAGCAUCAUGGGAGCCAAAGCAAGGAAGAGAGAGAUAAGACAACAAGGAAGGUCCUCGUGUUCACUCUAUGAUCCGCAGCCAUUGAAUGUCCAUCAACCUUUGUUCACCACUUCCUCACCAACGCCGUCGUUCCUCGCGUAGCAAACCGGUAUGUGAGCCCAACGACUUUACGGCCUGACCACUCUCUCCAGGUUUCCCAAUAGUGGCUUGAUAGCCCUUGCCGAUUUCCAUCGACUUGCCUUGCCACUAGUCCCUGUGAUCCAUCCCCAUUGGCUGCCUUUGAUCACUGUCUAUCAAGCAAGCCAUCAUCCGUUGAUUCAAAUUUGACAAUAUUACUUGUGAAAUUAGGCAAUUGUUGAAAGUCUCUGCCAGAAGGAGAUUGCUGGACUGAAAGAAGUGUUUUAAAUGAUGGAUACUGAUAAUAGUGGCACAAUCACCUUUGAUGAACUUAAAGCUGGUUUGCGAAGAUAUGGCUCCACGAUGGAGGACAUGGAGAUACAUGAUAUCAUGGAUGCUGCUGAUUUGGACAACAGUGGAACAAUAGACUAUGGUGAAUUUAUAGCCGCAACAAUUCACCUUAUCAAAUUUGAAUGUGAAGAGCAUCUAAUUGUAGCCUUUCAAUAUUUCGACAGGGAUGGAAGUGAUUAUAUAAUGGUCGACGAGCUCCAGCAAGCUUGCACCGAGUAUGACUGGUGCUUCAUUGAAGAUAUCAUAACAGAGGUUGAUCAAGAUGAUGUAUCUAUUGUUGAUUCAACACCAUUGAAUAUAUCCUUAAUGCAAUGUGAAAGAACUUAAAGGAUUAGAAGGGCCUUAAGGGUGAAUAAGUCAAAGAGAACGAGAAGUUCGUGAGGGCUUGAAGGACAAAUAUGUGAAUAGAUCUGUAAAAGUCUUAACUUACUAUGAAAACCUCUUAAUAUAUUUUGAAGUUGACAAAACAAUCCAUGAUUUCUUACAAGCUUAAUACAUGAAAGUGUUGUUUAAGCCCCGGGAAAUAUCCAAGUCUAUAGAAUGGGAAGUUCACGAAGACUUGGAGAUACCAAGGUGGACAAUCCAGAGGAUCUUCAUGACCAUUGUACUCGAAAUACCUACUAAGUAUUAGAGAAACAUCCUUAGAAAUUUUGAUGAUUCCCAAAAUGCUCUUAGAAUAAUAUUUAUGAUGAUAAGUACAUAUAUUUGUGAUAAUUAUUAAGGACUGUUUGAUGUCUAUGAUGUAUUCAUUUGAUGAAGAUCGCAAGAUGUCAUUGUAUAUAUUGAGAAAACUCCUAUCAGGUUUUGAAGUUGACAAAAUUUUCUUAA